AUGUUUUGGAGGUUUGGCGGUUACGCCAACAUCUCCACUAUCGACACAAUCCUCGACAAGCCCGAUUUCACUCUCGAGGAGUUGCUCGACGAGAGCGAUCUGAUCCAGGAGCUUAAGCAGCACAACUCAAAACUCAUCGAAUACUUGCGAAGCGAUAAUGUCCUCGACAACCUACUCGAUUAUGUCGUCGCUCCCAAGCUCGAGACCGUCGAGUCCCCCGACGAGUCCACCGCAGAACAAGAGGCCAAGGCCAAGAACCGCUUCUCAUUCUCGCGACCGCGCGCAUCCUCCCGCGCCACCGACCCGGGCAACGAUGAGGAAGAAGAGCAGGAGAAGAAGCGCAAUCGCUACGCAUUUGUAGCUUGCGAGAUUCUCAGCUCCGAUACCUGGUCAAUCUACGAGGCCCUCGCUGAUAAUCGACAAUUGAUUCGCGAUUUUUGGAAGUUCUUGUCCCGCCCUGCCCCGCUCGAUCCCCUCCAGGCGAGCUACUUUACAAAGGUCAACGAGUCCUUGUUCGAGAAGAAGACUGAGGAGAUGAUGGAACUGUUGACCACUCUUCCUGAUGCUGUUCCCAAUUUACUCAAGCAUGUCGAGUGCCCCAUGGUCAUGGACCUGCUUCUUAAGAUUAUUGCCCUGGACCGUAACGAUGGUGGCCAGGGUGUGGUCGAGUGGCUGUACUCCAAAAACAUCAUCCCGAGCCUCCUUUCCUGCCUUGGCCCCGAGAACAACUGGGUUGUUCAAACCGCUGCUGGUGAUUUCAUCAAAGCCAUCAUCACCAUCUCGGCCAACGCCUCCCAGAACGAGCAACAAUGCAUCGGCCCCAACGAGCUCACCCGUCAACUUGUCUCCAAGCCAUGCAUCGAGCAGCUGAUCGGUUACAUGCUUGGUGGUGGCAACCCUUUGACUGUUGGUGUCGGCAUCAUUAUCGAGGUCAUCCGAAAGAACAACUCCGACUAUGAUCCCGACAUGGGCACCGAGUCCACUGCUGCGCCCUCAAGCCGCGAUCCUAUCUACCUGGGCACACUCCUCCGCCUCUUUGCUGAGAACGUUCCCAAGUUCAUGAGCCUCAUCAUGGACGUCCCUUCCAAGAAGGAAAAGAUUGACUCAACUUUUGGUGUCAAGCUCGAGCCCCUUGGAUUUGAUCGCUUUAAGACAUGCGAGCUCAUGGCCGAGCUGUUGCACUGCAGUAACAUGGGCUUGUUGAACGAACCAGGUUCCGAAGAGAUCACAGCUCAGCGUGAUAUUGAACGGCAACGUCUUCGUACAGAGGGCAAGCUGGGCCCAAUCAAGGAGGAGGACCACUCUGCCGACGACCUUACCAUGCGAACUCCCGCACCUGAGGAGAAGCGACGCCUCGAGGUUACCAACGCAGACGACGAUGGUUUCGAGGAGGUUGAGCCAAGCAAGGAGAUGAGUGAGGAUACAUCCCACGAGUUCGUCAAGGCUGAGGAUGACAUUCCAGCUGUUUCUACAACUUCGAUUUCCUCUAAGGAUGAUGACGACUUUGUUGAUGAGCCGCUUAGCCCCCCCCAAACACUCGUCAAGGUAGAGGAGACAAAGUUUGACGAGCCAGAUCUGAUGGUUGCACCUUUGUCGCCCACAAAGGUCAAGUCCGUUGAGUCCACGUCCACGGACGCAGCAAAGGCCGAAGAGAAGAUUGAAUCCAAGGAGGCCAGCAACGAAGAGGCCAAAGAGCAGAAGCCGAGCGAACCCAAACAAGAAGAUGCUCCUAAGGAGGACACCUCUGACUCGUCUGCCAUCCUGACUCCUGCUCCCUCUGAGCCUGAGACCAAGACUGAGUCUAGCGAUGCCUCUUCCAAGGGUGACGAACAGCCCCGCAGCUUCUCCCCUCAACCUGAGGACACACCCGCGCCUCUCUUUUCUGCUCCGCCUGCGCCUGAAUCAGGAGCCGAUCGCCCACCUCAGACCCCCGAGAAGCCAUCUUUUGAUGCCCCCAAACCUGAAGAGGCUUCAACAUCUGAGGCCAAGGAGGACGCCAAGGACUCCAAACCUACAGAAGAGCAGCCCGCUGUUCAGAAGGAGGAGCCUGUUGUCGGAGACUUUCUCAAGCACCAGUUCGUAGAGUAUCGCGUUGUACCCACGAUUCUUAACUUCUUCUUUGGCUACCCAUGGAACAACUUUUUGCACAAUGUCGUCUACGACAUUGUUCAGCAAGUGUUCAACGGCCCCAUGGACCGCAGCUACAACCCUUCGCUGGCUGUUUCCCUGUUCGAAGCUGCCGACGUGACAAGUGCCAUCAUCAACGGCCAAAAGGCCAGCGAUGAGUCUCAGGCCAAGACCAAGACCCGCAUGGGUUACAUGGGCCAUCUUACCCUGAUUGCCGAGGAGGUUGUCAAGUUUACCGAACGUCACCCCCCGGAGCUACUCUCAGAGACGGUCCUUGACCGGGUUAUGAGCCAGGAAUGGAUCAGCUACGUUGAGGGAUCACUCGCCGAAACACGCGAGCGAGACAACGCCAUUCUAGGAGGCGUACGACCAGAGGUCGCCAUGGGUAAUCGAGCCAUGGGCGGCGGCAGUGGACUUGGAGGCGUCGGUCUUUCUGGGUUGAGCGGAGGUUCCGGAAACAGCGGCUCCAGUGCCCUGGCUGAAGCUGGCUUGAAUGGUGGCAUAGAGCUCAACCAGGACAGCGGGAACGGCAUUGGUCCCUUCACCAUCAGCGCUGGCACAUUAAUGUCUGGCUUCGGCAGUAGCAGUGACGAGGAGGACGAAGAUGGCGACGGAGACGAGGAAGACGUCAAUUCUGAGGUGAGUGGUGCUUCCGCUGAAGAUGGGGAGGACCGAGGAAUUCCUGGAUACCCUGGCAUAACGGAAACUCUUGAGGAUGUGAUUAUGCGUUCCCCAGAGCCUUACCGAGCCGAUUCGCCCGAUUUCGAGGAUCUACAGGAUGUUACAAGAGGUUCCCCUAUGGAUCUGGAUGGAUCUGGAGGUCCGGUUCGGGGAUCGGCUGAGGAUGAAGAGCAACAGCACGCGGAACAGGUUGAAGAUGUCUCCAAGCCAGCAGACGGCAUUUAG